CAUUCGUCGGCGCAUUGUCAAACCUUUCUCUUCGUUUCGCUGGAGCCUGGACUACUACGACUCUACACUCUGCUGUGAGACCGAGACGCACUGGAAGCCAAUUCGUGCAACAAAAGAAAAGAAGCAACAAUAAGAACGUAUAAUUUUUUUGAAUGUAAAAAAUCGGAUGUGCGCGUGUAUGUGUCAGUGCCGUGCCAGAGAGUGUGUUCCAUUCAUUCAUUGAAAACGUCAGCGCGAAGACAACAACAGCAACAGCAACAACUACAGCUACAACUACAACAAUAUAUAAUGCAAUCGCCAGCGUCGUCGUCGCAGUAAGCUUCAGCAGAGGCCUACCUAGCAUACAGUGGAGAGAAGAGCACAGCACAGCACAGAAAGAGCAGAGCAGCAGCAGCAGAAGCAGAAGCAGAAGCAGCAGCAUCAGCGGCGCAGCGCAGAGAUCACUUCAUAUGCGAAUCUCAACGAGCGCGCAUCAAAAUCAAAUUCAAACGGCAAAAGAGUAACGAACUAUUCCCCGCCAUAGAGGAGCAGCCGCAUACAGGGGGAGGAAGCUGUGAAAAGAAUUUUUUUUGUGUGCAUAAUAAAAAGCGAUACGAUCCAGAACGAACCAACGAACGAACGGACGGAACGGUGUUUAAAAGCAUUCUCAAAGCGUAAUUGAAAUCAAAUUAAAGGCCAAACCGUGCAAAAAGUAAGAGAAAAGGCCAGGCACAGGCGAUAAAAAAGAAAUUAUGCUCCAUUGUGCGAUUGUAUGACGAAAGAGAGAGAGAGAGGUCAAGUGCUUAGCUUAGCGCAAGAGGAGGAGCAGCAGCACUGCUCAUCUAAUAGCCAGAAGCUAGAGGAGGGAGGGGAAUCAAAGGGGGAAGUAAAUAGGCAACGAAUGAACUCAUAAAAGGGCCAGACCCCAGACCCCAGAGCACAGCUGUGGUGACCACAAGAGAGAGACACAAGAAGACUACCGUUAAUUCGAUCGUUGAAAGAGAGUCAUCGAGCGACAAAGCAACAUCAUCAGUAGCAGCAGCAGCAACAGCAGCAGCAUCAGCAUAAGCAUCAGCGCCCUCCCGCAGUAGCAGUAGCAGUAGCAGAUUCUGCGGUAAUCUUGCACCAGUUUAAGAGGCGUCUUGUGGCGUGUGGUUUGUGCAGCAUAGACAUCAUAGGAGGUGGAGACCUCGGACGAGGAAAACUUUCUUCAUUUCAACGCGAGUCAAAGUCGUGUCGUGUCGUGAUCCGCUGCCGCCGUCGCAUAGCUGGUAGUGAACUUGAGAGUGUCUCAAACAGCAGCCACUACAACAACAGUUGCUACUAUUUCAAUUGUUAACGAGCGAAAGCGCCGUAGUCACGCACACGUCGUUGGAUCAGCAGCAGCAUAGCCAGAGCCAGACAGCAGCAGCAGCAGGAAAGUGCAGUCGACAGUGAAAAUGUACCAGCCCCAGAGACAGACAAGGCCCCAGGCCCAGAGCCAGAGCCAGGCCCAAAGCCAGAGCCAGCUCUAUCCCCAGUUAAGGCUUAAGCGCCAGCUGUUUGGCGCACUGCUGGCCAUGUUAAUGUUGGCGGCAUCCACCACUAAUGGCGCCGUCACAGACUCCCCCAUUAAGAUCAUCAAGCUGCCUGCCCAGGCGCCUGUCAUACGAUACCGCAGUGCCGAUGCCUUGCCAGAUUCGCUGCUAAUCAACUACCGCCAGGAUGCCCAGCCGGAACUGUCGUCCACCCUGAUGCAGGCCCCAGGAGCAGCAGCGGCCGCCCUCGAGAGUCUGCUGCGCGAGGAGACCGAACAGCAGCAGCAGGCGCAGAUGGGCAGGCAGAACCGGGCCAGUAGCUCGUCCAACAGCUGUCCGAGAUCGUGUCCGCCCAGUCUGACGGUUGGAGCCGAACCGGUGUGCGGCAGCGAUGGCCUGAUCUACGCGAAUCUCUGCGAGCUGCGGAAGAAGACGUGCGCCCGCAAUGGUGUGUCGCUGGUGAAGGACGUGCGGGAUGGCUGUGAGCGGUCCAAGGGCUCCGAGUGCAAGCACCGCUGCAGCACGGAGAAGGAUCCUGUGUGUGGAACCGACGGGCGCACCUAUCUCAAUCGCUGCAUGCUGCGGGUGCAGUCUUGCCGUGUGGGCCUGGCCGCCGUGAAGCUCUCGCAUGUGGGUCCUUGCAGCAACACGAGCGCCAUCCGGGAAUCCUGUCCCGUGGACUGCAACAGCGCCCCCAAGGACGGACCCAUCUGUGCUUCCGACGGCAACGUGUACAACUCCACCUGCGAGAUGAAGCUUCAUACGUGCGGUCAGGGCGUGGUGAAGACUAGUCGCAAGCACUGCCAGUCGACGAGGAUGUGCCGCGAGUCCUGCUGGCGCGUGGCCAGGCCCACUUGCGGCUCCGACGGACGCCUCUAUGCCAGCCCCUGCAAGAUGCGCUCCUCCAACUGCGGGAAGCACGUGUUCGAGGUGCCCCUCUCGUUCUGCAUGCCCCAGGAGCGGCACGGCAGUGCUGCGGACGCCUGUCCCACCGAGUGUCCCAAGGCCGAGGCAGAUUCCCCCUCCCAGUAUGUGUGUGGCAGCGAUGGCAACAUCUACUCGUCCCUGUGCGAGCUCAAGAUGCUCAACUGCGGACCACAGCGCAAGUCCAUUCAGAAGAUGAGCAUGGACAAGUGCAAGAACCGGCUGAUUCGCUGCAAGCAGCUGCCGCCCUGCAAGGACUUCAACAAUCUGUUUGGCUCCAUCUUCAGCUCGAGGCGGAACGACAAGCUGUGCGGGACAGACGCCAAGACCUACAACAACGAAUGCGAGCUGGCCCAUGCCACCUGCCUACGCGGCGUUAACCUGGCCCACAUUGGUCCCUGCACGGAUCUGAACACGCCUAGCAAGGAUUGCGGGGACGCCUGCACCCGCGCGGACCUCGAACAGCAGCCGGUGUGCGGCUCCGAUGGCAACACCUUUGCCUCGAUGUGCGAGUUCAAGCGGCGCACCUGCAACCUCCGCGUGGUGGCCGUUUCCUUGAAGAACUGCGCCCUGACUGCCGACUGUGACUCGGACUGCGAUGCCCAGCCCCCGAAUUUCGUGUGCGGAUCGGACAACAAGUUCUACAAGUCAGAGUGUCACAUGCGGAAGGAGAACUGCGGCAAGCAUGUGUUUGUGGUACCCCUCAAGCGCUGCCUGGCUGCCUUUCAGUUCAAGGGAUGUGCCCGCAUUUGUCCCAGGGAAUUCGAGCCCGUCUGCGGCAGCGACAACAAGACAUAUCUGAACGACUGCUUCCUGGACAUUGAGAAUUGUCGCACCAAUAGCACGGUGGAUGUGCAUCACUAUGGCGCCUGUGGACGCCCCGAGGCGCCCUCCACUAACUUCCUCUAUUAAGGGGAGCAUCGUGGCGCCUUCUUUUCACUUGGCAUUUAAUAUUUGUAGGCUAUAGUCUUGUAUUGUAUUUUUUUUUAAAGCGAUAUUUAUUGAGUUUUGAAUUAAACCCCCGAACGAA